GGCAAGAGUAGAGUUUUUGCGGUUAAAUAGGAACCUGUAGUUCCCGUUACAGGUAGCUCUCAAUCAUCACUGACACAAUUCCUUUCCUUUCAUCUUGAUCUUACAAACCCAACAACACAUUAAUAAUGGCAAAAGCAAUCCUUUUGAGCACCAAAUGGUACGCACACCAACAACACUCCUCCACCAUGCAAAAAUUCACCCACGGGAAGAAAAUGGACAUCAAGGUGAAGGCAGUAACUUCCUUAGAUUCAAAUGCAAAGAGGGCAAAUUUGUUUGCAGCAAAAAAGGAGAGAAUCACGCUGCCAACAUAUAGUGAUGAUCUUGAAGGCAAGAAAUAUCACAUCAGUAAAUUUCUGAGCCACCCUAGUGGAAUUGCAGCUGUGUUGAACACGAAGGCCUUGCAAUCAUUUCAACCUCUUGAUGCUAACACAUACAGGUGUGAACUGCCUAAACUUCAAUUUUUAAACUUUGAAGCUGCCCCAUCGCUGGAUCUGCGGGUUACCUCAACAGAUGAAGAUUGCUUGGUUGAGAUGCUUUCUUGUAAGUUUGAGGGUUCAGAAGUUGUGAAAGAACAAAACAACCACUUUUCAGCAUUCAUGAUAAACCACAUGACAUGGGGUGUUGCUGGUGCCGAAUCAUUUUUAGAAGUUGACGUUAAGUUGAAUCUCACACUUGAGGAUCAUGAAGGCGUGAUCUUCCUUACUUGGACCAACCUCAUUUAAAUUAUAUUGUAGCCUCAUGGGAAAGAAAGUCCAGGGUUUCGGUUGAAUUUUAUUGUUGUGAAUGUGCAAUUUCUGGUUUGUUUCUUCUCAAAGAAAGUGACGAGUUAAGCUGACCUAUUCCUCCUUAAUUCUUACUAAUUCAUUUUCUGUAGCUGCAUAUGCUAAAAGGUCAAUGGUUUUGAAUUAAAAUUUGUUGCUAUUACUAUAUUAACUGUAUUUCAGUUUGAUAUUACUGAUUUUUGCAUUUGCCUCUCAUCUGUAAAAGAAU